CCCUCUGCUCCCCUCCCCGCGCCGCAGAACCGCGACAACUACAUCCGCUCCUGCAAGCUGCUCCCCGACGGCCGCAGCCUGAUCGUGGGGGGGGAGGCCAGCACCCUGUCCAUCUGGGACCUGGCGGCCCCCACGCCCCGCAUCAAGGCCGAGCUCACCUCCUCCGCCCCUGCCUGCUACGCCCUGGCCAUCAGCCCCGACGCCAAAGUCUGCUUCUCCUGCUGCAGCGACGGCAACAUCGUGGUGUGGGACCUGCAGAACCAGAGCCUGGUCCGGCAGUUCCAAGGCCACACGGACGGAGCCAGCUGCAUCGACAUCUCCAACGAUGGCACCAAGCUGUGGACGGGGGGGUUGGACAACACGGUGCGCUGCUGGGACCUGCGGGAGGGGCGGCAGCUGCAGCAGCACGACUUCAGCUCGCAGAUCUUCUCCCUGGGGCACUGCCCGACGGGCGAGUGGCUGGCGGUGGGCAUGGAGAGCAGCAACGUGGAGAUCCUGCACGUCACCAAGCCCGACAAAUACCAGCUGCACCUCCACGAGAGCUGCGUCCUCUCCCUCAAGUUCGCCGCCUGCGGGAAGUGGUUUGUGAGCACGGGGAAGGACAACCUGCUCAACGCCUGGCGCACGCCCUACGGAGCCAGCAUCUUCCAGUCCAAGGAAACUUCCUCCGUCCUCAGCUGCGACGUCUCCACCGACGAUCAGUUCAUCGUCACCGGCUCCGGAGACAAGAAGGCGACGGUCUACGAAGUCAUUUACUGAGAGACACGGAGGUGACGGCCUGGGUCUGUUCCCUGAGAGCAGACGGACUCACAGCCAUGGGGACGGACAGACGGACUCUGACGCAGAGGGGUGGCAGCCCAGGCCUGGAGCCAUUGGCGAUGGGGACCCUGCAGUGCUGGGAGGCAGCUGCUGCUCGCAGGGCCCUUCCCAGAGGUUUCCUCCUCCUUUGGUUCGUUAUUGGUUGGUUUGUUUCUAAACGGGGGUUGGGGGAGCGAAGGGGGCUUUCUUUUGUAAUGUCAUUUUUUUGUGUUUUUUUUUGUUAAAUGCUGGGCAGGAUGAGAGCUCUCCUCAUCUCCCCCUGCACCCAACCAGGGCAUAAUUUAAUAAUAAAAAGCAAACAGCAGCGCGGUGCAUCGCAGGGCAGGGGCUGAUGGGGCUGGGGGCUGCUCUGCACGGAGCCGGGGGGGGACAGAGGGCAUUUCAGCCCCUCAUGGCAUUUCAGCACCCCCAGGGGCCGAGUCCCCGUGUAAAUCAAGGUCCUCCCCAUCACCCCAUGGUGCCCUAGAGGAACUCAACCCC